AUGCUACUUUUUCCUUUAUUCUUUUUUUCCUUGUUUGCUUUUUAUGCAUCUUGUGCAUUUUUCUUCUUUAAUUUCUUAUUUUUCUUCUUCCUGUCUUUUUUCUUACCUUUUUUUCUUGAACAUUAUUUUCUUUUAUUUAUUUUUUUUCCUUUUUCCUUUUUCUUUUUAUUUAUGUUUUUAAUUUCUUCCUUUUCUUUUUAUUCUUUUUCUUUUCUUUUCUUUUCGUUAUUCAUUUUUUUCUUCUUUUUUCUGCUUCUUGAUCAUUCUUUUUAUUUAUUAUUUUUCAUUUUUUCUCUUUUUUAUGCAUUUUAUUUUUCCUUAAUCAAUUUCUUUUUCGUUCUUUUUUUCUUUUUUAUUUCCCCCUUCCUCUUCUUCUCCUCCUUUUUCUUCUCCUCCUUUUUCUUCUCUUCUUCUUCUUCUUCUUCUCAACUAUUUGAAAUUUAUCUUUUUCCUUCCCCCCUCACUUCUUCCAUUCUUUCUUUCACGUCUUUUUUUUCUAAUCUCUAUUUCUUCCCCUAUCUCUUUUUCCUCUUAAUUUUCAUUCCUCACACGUUUCUUCUCUUUAAUUUUUCUCUACUUGUUCCUUUCUUCUCCAUUUUUUCUUUUCAAUUUUAUUCUUCCAUCUUUUGUUUUCCCGUUAUCUUCAUUUUUAGCUACUUUCUUCUUUCCUUCGAUUUUUUUUUUCUUUCUUUCUUACCGGCUUAUAUUUUGUCACUUCAGUCGCAGUAUUUGACUUGA